AUGUGGUCAACUCGUUUGGGUCUUUUAAUACAAACACGCAGUCAAACGUCGCGUUUCUUGUCAUCUACUACAACCAAGCAACGUGUAGUUGUUGUGGAUGGAAUUCGUCUCCCGUUUGCGAAAUCUGGUACUCUUUAUAAGGAUGUUAUUGCCUAUGACAUGAUGCGGGAUGCGUUUAAAGGUCUUAUCAAUAAGACAGCCAUUGAGGCCAAGUCGAUUGAUUAUGUCGUAGCUGGUACAGUCAUUCAAGAAGUUGGUACGUCGAAUAUCGCACGCGAAGCAGCACUAGGUGCUGGUAUUCCCAAACACGUACCAGCCCACACAGUUACCCAGGCGUGUAUUUCAUCUAGUCAAGCAAUUUGUACGGGUGCAGAAAAGAUUCUUGCAGGUCAUGCAGAGAUUGUACUAGCAGGAGGUGUUGAGACCUUUUCCGAUGUUCCUAUUCGAUUUUCAAAACCAAUUCGAGAACGAUUGAUUAAUGCACCAAAAGCUAUGAAGAGAGGACCAUUACAUGUCUUGAGACUACUACGAGGACUGAAACUUUCGGAUUUUGCUCCAGUAGCUCCAGCAAUCCAGAACUUUCAUACUCGCGAGGUUAUGGGAUCAUCCAGUGAUCGUCUGGCUACUAGGUUUGGCGUCACGAGACAGGAGAUGGAUCAGUACACGAUUGACGCUCAUCAGAAAGCUUACAGAGCGCACGUGGAAGGGAAAUACAAGGGAGAGAUUAUACCGUACAAAGGAAGUACUGAAGAAAAUGGAGUCAACUCGGACUCGACGUUUGAAAAGAUUUCAACGUUGAAACCCGCGUUUAUUAAGCCUCAUGGUACCCACACGGCAGCUAAUUCGUCCUUCUUGACGGACGGAGCUGCAGCGACGCUGAUUAUGUCGGAGGAAAAAGCUCUGGAUCUUGGAUACCAGCCAAAGUCUGUGUUGAAAGACUGGCUGUUUGUAGGUGUCGACCCGUUUGAAAGUUUGUUGCUAGGCCCGGCGUACGCUAUUCAACAAAUCUUGGCCAAGAACAAGUUGAAACUGAGUGACAUCGACUACUUUGAGAUUCACGAGGCGUUUGCUGGACAGGUGCUGGCUAAUCUGAAUGCCCUGGCCGAAGACAAGUUUUGCAAGGAGCUAUUUGGAAUCGAUCAAGCUGUUGGACGUGUGCCACUGGAGAAGCUGAAUACGUGGGGCGGUUCUUUGGCACUUGGACACCCGUUUGGUGCCACUGGCAGUCGAUUAGUGAAUACGGCAUCCAACAAACUGCAGAAAGAGGGCGGCAAGUACGCACUGCUUGCAGCUUGUGCAGACAGCGGGCUUGCCUACGUCGGUUUAAUUGAGAAGUACGAGAAGUAA